AUGCUUUCAAGAGCUGUCCGACCAGCUUUGAAGGCUGGCGCUGCGGCGUCUGUCAGGCCAGUUGCUGCACCUGCCGCUACCUUCGCGACCCUUCGUGAGAUCGAACAGCGCCUGAAGUCAAUCAGCAAUAUCGAGAAGAUCACCAAGACCAUGAAGAUUGUCGCUUCCACCAAGCUCAACCGCGCCCAACGUGCGAUGACAGAGUCUCGUCAAUAUGGUAAAACGUCAAACACCGUGUUUGAGCAAGCCGAGACGAAGCCGUUGGAGAGUGAAGGCAAGAAGACCUUGAUCGUGGUUUCCGGCUCCGACAAGGGACUAUGCGGUGGUAUUCACUCUGGAUUGUCGAAGCAGGUCCGCCGGAUGCUUGUCGAAACCCCCGAUGCUGAUAUUGUUGUUCUGGGCGAGAAGUGCAAGGCUCAAUUGUCUCGUUCAAAUGGAAAGAACAUAGUUCUAAGCUUCAACAAUGUCGGAAAGAAUAUCCCAACAUUCGCAGAAGCCCAAGCAAUCGCAGACCAGAUCUCUCUCCUCCCAGCGGACUAUGCUUCCAUUCAGAUUGUCUACAACAAGUUCGUCAAUGCCACAUCCUACGAGCCCACCCCAGUUGAAGCUUUCUCCGAGGAAGCAAUCAAGGAAUCCCCCAACUUUUCUGCUUUCGAGAUUGACGACGAGGUUCUUACCAACUUCCGCGAAUAUGCCCUCUCCAACACUCUGUUCUGGGCUCUUGCUGAAGGCCACGCUUGUGAAAUCUCCGCACGUCGUAACGCUAUGGAUAAUGCUUCCAAGAACGCUGGAGACAUGAUCAGCAAAUACCAAAUUCUGUACAACAGAACGCGUCAAGCCGUUAUUACUGGAGAGUUGGUCGAGAUUAUUACUGGUGCUUCUGCCUCGGAGGAAUAA